AAGUAACCAAAAUCUCCAAUUAUUUCUAGCCUUAUGCAAACGCUAGCUUUAAACAACUGCAAAAACACACACUCUCUAUUAAGAGGACUGUAUUUUACACAUGAAACUGCUCAAUUUAGAAUAGAUUACCGAUAUUCAUGAUUUCUGACCGAAUUUUCCACCCAAAUUCUCCAUUUUCAUUUUAACUUCAUUAAAAAUUUGAUUUUUUGAUUUAAUAAUACUAUACAUUACCCAAUUGAAAGUCGAAGGAUUUCCAAUCAAUUGAAUUUUUUUUGAUCGAAUUGAAUCAAAAAUGGGGUCUGGUGGUGAGAUGUUGGUGAAGCGUGCAAAGUAUAAAGUUUCUCCGAAGGCCCCCGGAAACCCUGGUGUUUUGAAGAUGACUAUGGAUGAGUUUGUUUUUGCUCCCAAUGAUCCCACUUCUGGAACGAAGCUUCGAGUUCGUUUCAAUUCCAUUAAAGCUCACAGAGUCACCAAAGAAGGAUCAAGUAAACAGGCAUUACUUAAUCUGCUGAAGAAGGGUGAAGGAUCAGAAGGGUAUAUAUUUGAAUUUGAGAACUUCAGUGAUAGAGAUAUGUGUCGGGAUUUUGUGACCAAGGCCCUUGAGAAGCACCCAGAUGUUCCCAAAAAGGAUUCUGAAGGACCUGCUCAAUUAAGUUCAGAAGAAAUGGAGCGACGAAUAAAACUUUUGCAAGAAGACAGUGAGCUUAUGAAACUACAUAAACAGUUGGUAAUUGGUAAAAUUUUGACAGAGGAUGAGUUCUGGGCAACUAGAAAGAAAUUGUUAGAUAGUGGAAAUAAAAGAUCAUCUUCAACCCAGCGAGUGGGAUUUAAAAGUGCUAUGAUAUCAGACAUCAAGCCACUGACUGAUGGUCGGACAAAUAAAGUUACCUUUAACUUGACACCAGAAAUCAUUCAUCAGAUUUUUGCUGAGAAGCCAGCAGUUCAUCAGGCUUUUCUGACUUAUGUGCCAAAAAGGAUGUCCGAGAAAGACUUUUGGACCAAAUACUGCAGAGCAGAAUAUCUUCACAGCACCAAGAAUGCCAUAGCUGCUGCAGCAGAAGCUGCUGAAGAUGAGCAGCUUGCUGUUUUUCUAAAGCAGGAUUAUAUACUAGCAAGUGAAGCUCGUAGAAAGAUAAGAAAGGUUGAUCCGACGUUGGACAUGGAAGCUGAUCAAGGGGAUGAUUACACUCACCUUCCGGAUCAUGGUAAUCACCGAGAUGGAAAUAAAGAAGUUGCAGAGUCCCAGACACAUUAUGACCAAUACAAGAGGAACUUGUCGCAAGAUCUCAAUCGACAUGCUGCUGUUGUUCUUGAGGGAAGGGCUCUAGAUGUGGUGAUUGGGGACACUCGAAUUGUAGCGGAGGCACUUGCUCGGAUGAAAAAAGUAGAAUUGGCCAAUGAUACAUCCGAAAUGAACGAUAACCAAGAGCGACUGAAUAGAGUUUGUAGAAUGACAGAAAUUGAGGAUCUGCAAGCACCUCAUGAACCCCCUGUGGCUCCGCUUUGCAUCAAGGACCCUAGAGAUUAUUUCUUUUCACAACAAGCCAAUGCACUGAAUUCCCUGGGAGACACUGCUGUUGGAGCUAGACAUGUGAAUUGCCACAUUAACACGCAGGAAGCUUAUACUUGUUUGAGGGAAUCCAUAUCUGAUAUCAAGUCCGUGGGACUUCAGACAUCAAUCAUUAAAGCUGAAGUUGCUUUUAAGGUUUUGGCAAGUUUGACCCAUAGUAUAUCUAGUACGAAGUAUAAUCUUGGGGGAAAUAAUCGGGAAACUGUUCUGGAUAGAUUACCCAGCAGGACGAAGGAAGAUUUGUUAAAUCAUUGGACAUCCAUUCAGGAGUUGCUAAAGCACUUCUGGUCAUCAUAUCCAAUUACAACAGAACAUCUUUCUGUAAAGGUUGAUAGAUUGAAAGACGCGAUGGCUCAGAUAUAUCCAAAGCUACAGCAAAUUAAGGAGUCUGUGCCAUCAGAUCUCAGACAUCAAAUCUCGCUUCUGGUUCAGCCAAUGGUCCAGGCUUUGGAUGCCGCUUUUGCGCAUUAUGAUGCAAACUUGCAAAAGAGGAGGGCAAAGAGUGGAUUAAAUGGUACCAUCUAAAGAUAUAUCUAUUCCUUGUUGCCCAUGGAACUUAAGUUCCAAUUUACUACAUUCUUUUUACUGUAAUCUCGAUUUAUUAUAUGCUGUAGAUAUGCGCUCAAUCAUCCUGAAACUACAAUUUUGGCUUGUGAGAAUAGUAGUUUCAUGUGGUCCUAGAAAGAAUUGUGUAGUAUAAGUAACACUAAAUGUUUUUUUGUGUUGGACUGUUAGAAGAGGUAACAUUGUUGAAGCAGAAAACGUCACCGGGAGCUAACCUAUGCAAUAAUUGUAUUGAAUCUGACCAUAUUUUUUAUUGAUGCUGGUGUAAACAUGUGGAGCUCAGGGGAUAUUCAAACGUAUUGCUAAACGGAAGAAAAAUUUCCAAUAUACAGAGUAUUAUUCAACUAUUCGUGUAGGAUUGGCGUAGCUAUUUCAAAAGCUGCGCCGUCGUUUGGAGAUCACUAGUCAAAUCACCCUUCACUCUGUCUGCAACAAUCCGACGACAAUGAUGCAGAGUUUGCAAAGCCUUCUCUUCCAACCUCCAUCCCCUAUCCCUUCUCUCUCCUUUGUAUUCACCAUUCAUGAAUCCCCCAUUCUUCCUCUGUAACAUCAGGCAUCCUGCAUUCGUGAUAAGCCAAUAUUUUUAGAUGGUACCCAUGUUGAUGGACAUAAAAUUUAAUUUAAUUA